UUCAUAAUAGGGUCUCAAGUUCUUAUGGGUGGGUAGAGCCCUCAGUUCAAGAGAAUUGAGCCUUCGAGGAUCCACUACGAAGCUCUUGACGGAGGGAACUCUGGUGGAUGAAUCACAUUGUUCCUUUUGGGAAAAGAUGAAAACUUUCUUUGUGGCUAUUUUGGCUACUGGCUAUUUCUCAUAUAUUUUUGGUGACCAUUUAUUCAAGGACAUUCAAUGCAGUUAUUAUCAAAAGACGUUUAUACAACGGAAACAGACAUGCUCCAUAAGAGUCAGCCCAUUAUGCGCUUCUAAUAAUGUUACAUAUUCUAAUUCCUGCGUGUACUGCUUCGCUAACAUAGCUUUGAAACUCACUCUUAGAAUUCAACACAGUGGAAAAUGCAGAAACACCAGAAAAGUUUGGAAUAUGACAUGAUUUUCCUCGUCAGGAGUGAACUCAUUUAAAUUAAGCAUUGUCUUUCCUUCAAAAAGUGGAAUUCAUUAUAUUAGUUUAUUUUUAAAAAAUCAAUAAAUCUUAUCCUAAUGGAAA